AUGGCUUGUCCCCAUAUAUCUGGUAUUGUUGCUCUGCUCAAAGCCAUCCAUCCCGGAUGGAGCCUUAGUGCGAUUAAGUCUGCCCUGGUUACCACAGCCUCUGCCAAGUAUGGAUAUGAUCAAUGUGCUACUGCUGAGGGAGCUCCACACAAGAAGGCCGACCCAUUUGAUUAUGGUGGUGGUCAUGUAGAUCCUAACAAAGCCAUAGUCCCUGAUCUCAUAUACGAUAUGAACGUCGAAGAUUACGCCCUCUUCCUUUGUUCCAUGGACUACAAUGAAACUGCCAUUAGCUGGCUGUAUCGGGCUCAGACUCCAUGCCGUAAACAAAACAACUUUCCAGCAAACUUUCUAUCUAUCUCUGUUCUAGUUUUGCGUAAAAUACGUGUUUAA